CAUAAAGAAAAAAAAAAUAUGCAAAGAGGAGGUCGACCGAAGCACAGUUUUUGGGAAGAAGGAGGAUUUCAGCGUAUUCGUGAAAACGGAAAACAAGUUGCAUCAUGUGUAAAGUGUAAAAAAAUAAUUAAUAAUACCGCUGAACAACGAUUGAAGAGUCACAGGAAGUCGUGUAUUUGGGAAAACUCUGAUUCAAUUUCUGAAUCGGAAGAUAAUUUUAAUAUAACGUUGUUUAAAAAACGAAGAAAUCGAUCUGGGAGCUAUGAUGACAAUAAUAAUAGUGAUCUUAAAAGAGGUUCUUAUGAUGAGGCUGCUACUCCAUCAUCGUCUAUUCAAUUAAAAAAGGAGAAACAUCCUUACUUUAAAAAAUUUUGUAAAAUAUUACGGCUUGCAUAUGAAGUCCCUAGUGAAGUAAAGUUAUCGACAACUCUACUUGAAAAAGCUCACGAUAAAUUUACUGAUCGUAAAGUAAACUUGAAGGAGAAAAAGGGAACAUUAUUAUUUUGUAAAAAUGUUGCUCAAACAAAUGGCUUAGAGAUUAUUGCUAUAACAAAAACUCGAAAUGAUACAUUAUUUCUAAAGUCUUGGAUCUUGGGAGAAGAAUGUGAUUAUAUAAGUAAUUAUUUACAAAUGAUUAACGAGUCAAGCUCGAUCGCACUUAAAAAGUAUUAUAUAUCAGUGUACGCUGUGAUAUCAUUCAUAAAUGUAUCAAAAAAUAAUCGUAUUCUUGAUUCCACAUCAGCUUCGCCACUUCUAUCGGAAUCUAUAUCUAUGUGGCACUUCAAUUGUCAUUUAGAAACUGUCGAUACACUUAUUGCAGCAACUCAUGAUGAUUCUUUAGAAAUCAAAAUUAAUCGUCUGUUAAACGCGGUAAAAAGUACUGAUAUUGAAGAAGAAUUAGUAAAACGAGGUGGAGAUACUCUAUCAUCUGUCAAGCAAGAUGCUCAGUUUUUAUACUAUUCCAAAUUAUCGGUAUGUCUUAAUAAUUUACCUCUCCUACGUCAAAUUCUUGGUGAAGGAUUGGGAAAGUUUAACCGAGAAACGACAUUGAAUAUAUUCGAUGAUGUAUUUGAGAAUAAUUUAAAAGAAUCUGUAUCAGUAUUCGAUUUUCUUUCAAAAUUUAUAACUAGAAAUAGUGGAAAUGAUUUUAAUAUUGCUGACGCCAUCGAGGAUUGGUUUAAAUUAAGAUUACUACUAAAAAAUGAUUAUUUUUUAGACAUCAUUGACAAUGAAUUAAAAAAAAUCAUUACUCCCCAGGCGUUGACGGCAAAUUUUUUGCAUCCAUUAUAUAGAGGUAGUUAUUUUAUGAAAAUGAGUAAAUAUAGUAAUAUAGUUUAUGAAUUUUUGAUUGAUGAACUAGAUGAUACAGGAUUGCAGGAGUUAGAGUGUUUUAAAAAUUCUAAAGGUUUAUUUGCAAAGUUAAUUACUAAAACUACCUGUUCAAAAACUUUAUGGAGCAUAGCUUCAGAACAAAAUCCAAAUCUUAGUAUGUUGGCUCAAUCAUUAUUAAAAAUCCCAGCAUAUACGAUAAAAUUUAAUCAGUAUGACUUAGGUAAAAACUUACCAGAAAAAUUAGUACCUAAGUUCACUGAUGUUUUUUAUAAUCUUAAAUUUAUGAAUGCUAAUUAA